AUGACAGCAAAUAGACCUGCCACUGCUGCCACUCCUGGCGUUGCUUCUGGAACGGGUAGAACUGCUACUGCUGGUACUGUUGGCGCUGCUAGAACGGCUAGACUUACCACUACUGCUACUGCUGGUGCUGCUAGAACGACUAGACCUACAAUUACUGCUACUGCUGGUGCUGCUAGAACGGCUAGACCUACAAUUACUGCUACUGCUGGUACUGUUGGUGCUGUUAGAACGGCUAGAACUGCAACUACCGCUAUUGUCGGUCUUCUUGAAAAAAACAGAGCUAAAAAAAGAAGGAGGAAAUUGAGAAAACUAAGACAACCUCGAGUAGCACCAUCAACAAAAAGAGUCAAAAUUGAUGAUGAAUUUAACGAGGAUGUAUUCAAAUACAUUAGUCCGAUUUCACUCAUCGAAUCAAUUGAUUUGAAACUCAAGCCUGAAAGAUAUCCAAGAUUCAUGUUUAAAAAUCAGAAAAAAGCAAAUACUUGGUCUUGUCAACUUAAAUUUCUCAAGAAAAAAUGGGUAUCUGAUAAUAAACCAGGCAAACAACCGGCGAAAAUCGAUGUUUGUAAAAAGGCAAUAAUGGAACUAUAUAAAGAUACGCCAGAGCUUUGUGUUGAUGUCAGAAAUGAGAUGCUUAAAUUGAAUGAUCGAGAAACAGAUACUAUGGUCACCUUAUUUAAAAAUAGUCAAUAA